UCCACGGGAAUGCCAGUUCUUUGGAAUGUGCAGCUCUUUGUAAACGAGGAGGGAAAGCAUCGAGAGCAGCUGAACAGUGCCCGUCCCAGCUGGGUGGGGCGGGCGGUCAGCUCAGGGAGAAACCGCCGGGCAAGCGCCUGGGGUCAGCAGCGGCAGCAGCGCUGCCCCGGGACGAGAGGGAGGCGGGAGAGAGGCGGGGCCGGACUCCCGUUCCCGCGGCGGGCGGUGCCGGCGGCCCCGGGGCCGGGCGCUGCGGAGGGGCCGUCACAGCUCGGAGCCGUCACUGAUCGGAGCCCGUCGCGUCGGGAUGUCGGGCGAUCACUCCCGCAGCCUGGGCAAGGGCAGCGCGGCGCCGGGCCCUGUGCCCGCGGGGCUGAUCCGGCUCUACAGCAUGCGCUUCUGCCCCUUCGCGCAGCGGACGCGCCUGGUUCUCCACGCCAAGGGCAUCAGCCAUGAAGUAAUCAACAUCAAUCUGAAGAACAAACCUGACUGGUACUUUGAGAAGAACCCCUCUGGGCUGGUUCCUGUUCUGGAGACCAGCAAGGGCCAGCUGAUCUGGGAGUCCCCAAUCACCUGUGAGUACUUGGAUGAAGCAUUUCCAGGGAAGAAGCUGAUGCCUUCAGACCCCUAUGAGCGAGCUUGUCAGAAGAUGCUCUUGGAAGACUUCUCAAAGAUAACACCCUUGCUUUUCAAGCAUGUCUUGGCAGUCAAAGAUGGACAGGACACCACUGCACUGAAAGCAGAGAUUGCUGAAAAGUUUGGCAAACUUGAAGAGGUUCUGUCCAAACGUAACACGGUGUUUUAUGGUGGGGACUCAGUCUCAAUGGUUGACUACAUGAUCUGGCCAUGGUUUGAACGUCUGGAACCAUUCCAGCUGAAAGACUCUUUGAAUCACACCCCAAAGCUCCAACGCUGGAUGGAGGCCAUGAAGGAGGACCCUGCUAUCAAGGCUACAAUAACUGACCCACAGACAUUCAAAAACUAUCUCCAGCUGUAUCUGAAGAACAGCCCUGAGGCAUGUGAUUAUGGGCUCUGAGGUGCUAGCAGGAACAUGCUGGCUGAAGUGUUAGUGCUGUUUUUUCAGUGUGGGAAGUCAGUGUCAUUUGGUGGGGGCUUUUCUGUGGUUGCAUUCAUAGUGGGGAAUAAAUCUGUGCUGAAAAGGUUGAGAAACCUGUGAACUCCACUCCUUCCUGUUGGGGGAAGGAUGUGCUGGCUUCAAGCAGGAGAUGGAACGUCAUUGUUGGCCAUGAAUGUUCCAUAAAGGAAAAUUCUCCAUUCAAAAGGUGAUGGUCUGUAAUCUCUGGGCUCUUUGUAGGCAUUGCAGUGGGCAGUCCCUGAACUGAUGCUGUUACCUGAUUUAAAAAUUGUAAUACUUGUGUCUUGAAAAUUAAUAAAAAGCAAGCAAUGUUGUCUUCAAA